CAGCUGUGGUCCCGGGACCACUCUGUCUGUGUUAGGCUCGGGCCCCACCCUCGCAAAGCCUGCCCCACGCUUGCCAGGCACCUAGAGGGACGAGAAGAGGGACGUAGACGAAGAUGAGGCAACAGACUGGAAACCGGUGGGAGAGAGACGACGCCGGUGCCAGGGAACAGCAAGGCGGCCAGAGCGCCCCGAAGCCGGAAAACAGCUUUAAGAAAUAGCGGGGGGCCCAGGCGUCUCUGCGGAGCUGGGGGGAAGGGCGGCUGGCGGGGCUCGGCGUGGGGCGCGUGGGAGCCACGCGGUCGGAGUCACAACAGCAGCUCGUUAACCGCGCAGAUUAAGGACUUUGUCAAUUACCUCCGAAGGCUGCUCGGGCGGAUUAAACGCUUUAAAAAGUGUUGCUAGUGGGAGGGACGACUGAGAAGCCCCCACUGGUGGCUCAGAUCCCUCCUCCCGCGGUUGGGAUAGCUCCAGGCCGGCUUGGGGGGGGCGGGGCGGAGCGAGGUGUUGUUCGGGACUCCGGGUGGGCAGAUGCCAUAGGGGCCAGCCUGGCUGCGGAGUCGGGGACUCCAGCACCAGGCCACAGGGCUGGAGAUUAGCGGGCCACGCGCACACUUGCCCCGGGACUGGAACCUCGGAGCCCCGAAAGGGUCACACGGUCUCUGCCUAGCCCCUUCCUAGGGACUUAGACGAGUCCCACCCGAGAGGAAGUUUGCGCGGGGCGCCGCAGGGCGCGCAGGUUCCUCGAGGAGCCCGUGGCUGUCGUCACGCUCGCUGCUGCUGAAUAGUCCUCCUCACCCCCCAGCGACCGGGCUAGAGCGGGAGUCACUCUUAGAGCCCUCGGGGGGCGCGCGCGCGUGCUCGGGAAGCCGCGGGGAGCAAUAAAAGGCCCUGAGGGUCCGAGACGAAGACGCGGAGACUGAGCCGGGAGGAAGAGGGCGGAGCGCGCGGGAGGCGCGGGAGCGGGACGCGGGGACGGCGCGGCGCGGGCGGCUCUCGGAGGCUCGCGCCCGCGCUCCCAGCAAUCACACGCGCUCACACGCAGCCUAGCUGGCGGCCGCCGCUCCCGGGCCACCCCGGAUCCCCGGCACCGAGGGGACCUCCUGCGAGUGCAACGCACCCUGUGCACCCCUCGCCUCCUUUGCACUCGCCCUUGCCCCGCAACCCCGCUGGUCUUGCUGGAAGAUGGUCCACGAGCGGUGGAAGACCGUGGGCAGCGCGUCCCAACUUGAGGACCGACCGCGCGACAAACCGCAGCUUCUCUCUGAGAGUCAAGGUCACAUGGCUCACCUGGUGAACUCAGUCAGUGAUGUCCUGGAGGCUCUGCAGAGGGAGCGGGGCCUAGGCCGGCCCCGUGUCAAGGCUGACCUUCAGAGGGCCCCUUCCCGGGGAGCCCGGCCCCGAGGCUGUGCUAAUGGCUCUCGGCCGCGGGACUGCCUGGAUGUUCUCCUGAGUGGACAGCAGGAUGAUGGUGUCUACUCUAUCUUCCCCACUCACUACCCAGCUGGCUUCCAGGUCUACUGUGACAUGCGCACUGAUGGUGGAGGCUGGACGGUAUUUCAGCGCCGGGAAGAUGGCUCUGUGAACUUUUUCCGAGGUUGGGAGGCGUACCGGGAGGGCUUCGGCAAGCUCACAGGAGAGCACUGGCUGGGGCUCAAGCGGAUUCACGCCCUGACCACACAAGCAGCAUACGAGCUUCACGUGGACCUAGAAGACUUUGACAACGGCACCGCCUAUGCCCACUACGGGAGUUUUGGUGUGGGCUUGUUCUCUGUGGACCCCGAGGAGGAUGGGUACCCACUCACGGUGGCUGACUACUCCGGCACCGCAGGUGACUCCCUCCUGAAGCACAGUGGCAUGAGGUUUACCACCAAGGACCGGGACAGCGACCACUCGGAGAACAACUGUGCCGCCUUCUACCGAGGAGCCUGGUGGUACCGCAACUGUCACACAUCCAACCUCAAUGGCCAGUACCUGCGUGGUGCACACGCCUCCUACGCAGACGGCGUCGAGUGGUCCUCUUGGACGGGAUGGCAGUAUUCACUCAAGUUCUCGGAGAUGAAGAUCCGGCCGGUCCGUGAGGACCGCUAGACUGGCCCACUGCCCAGUGCCAGCGUCCUCUGGUUAUGUCUAGUCCCUACACAUCUCAUCCCAUGCCCACUGCUGCAAGAACAUGCUCUGCCCACCUGUGCAUGGCUGGUCUGCUCUUUAGUAGGGAUGGCCCAGGGUCAGCCCUGAAACUCAGCUUCCUGAGCCAGUGACACUCCUUCCCCAACCAGGUCCCUGUCUAUCAAGUGACAUGCUCUUUGGUUCCUACCAGCGGAGCUGGCACCUGGCAACCCCAAAUCCCACCUGCCCAGGCUUUGGUCCCUGUGCUUUGUCUGCUGCAUCCUGGUAAGGCAGCAUCUCCCAUUCUUCCUGGCUUGGCAAAAACAUCCAGAAUUGGGGGCAGGCAGCACCUUGGUCCCCUCCAUCAGAUCAAAGUGGAAGGCUCAGACCUUCUCACCUCUGACACCUGUCUGCCCUAACCCCAAUCCCUCAGGGCCUGGAGACCCUACCUCUUAUCAGAGGACCUUGUGCAGCUGCCACAGCUCUCUCUCAUUUGUGGCCAACUGGGCCGUGGCACAGCUGUCUACAAAGCCCCAAGGCCAAGACCAGACCCCUAGGCCACCCUUCCCUGGGUCUCCACAGACCUGGGGGUUUUUAUUCUUCUGGUUGCUUUCAGAGCUCAUCUGCUCUUUCCCACCUCAAACAAGGUCCACCUGCCCUCCUGCAGAGCACCCAUGGGUCCUGCCCCACAUCAUCUGCCUGUGGGGCAAGGGUGGGACUGGCCUAAGCCAGUGAGGACCUCCUGGGGUGAGGCUGUGCCAGGCUUUUGUGUUCUGCCGACCUCCAUGGACUGACUCUAGGAUCUUCUCAGAAGCCAGCCAGCCCUGGGACUCAGCAUGGCCCAAGACUACCAUCUCUGCAGAGAGACUGCCCCCUGCUGGCUAUCACGGACACUGCCAUCAGGGUCUAACAGGUGGGGUGGGGUGGAGGGGAGGGCAGGAGACAGAGCCCUCAAACAGGUUGGACAUCUGGACAUUUCCUUGUCCAGCCUUCUCAACACCUGCACGGGUGAUCCCGCAGGAAGGCAGGCUGCAGCCCCGCCCUCAGCUACCUGCUUGGCAGCUGAGAUGCUCUUCUGAAAGCCUGACAGGGGCUUUAAAAGAACUGGAUGGUAAGAUGGCAAUGGUGACCUCCUCUGUCUGGAGGCAGAGGCCCAUGCCUUUCCUUUCUGCCAGACUUGUACCAAAGCCUGAAGCCACCGAUGAACUGUGUGACCUGCUCAGUCCCUCACAUUGGGCCUCGGGUCUUCAGCAAGGAUCUGUAGCACCUGUGAGAGUCAAAGCCGUCCUAGGUGCUGGACAGGACUGGUUAUGGUCCCGCGCUGGUGGCACGAAACAUGAGUAGAGUAGCCAAGGUUCUGAUGGGACAAGGGAUACAUAGGAAAGUCCCCUCCCAUUCCCUCUCUGUCCCUGACACCUGGCACCUAGCUUCAUUGCAGAGGUGUGUGGGAGCUUAAACACAUCCUGGCAGACACUACCCACCCCCGAGGCUGGUGCUAAAGUGGCUUCUGUUGCCAGCUGCCGCUGUAAGCGCUGCUCAGAAGUGCCAAGCGCUUUCUGAUGUGGUAUCAAACAAACUCCGUCGAGUGAAGCAACAGAUUCACACAUGCAAGUGUGGGACAGGAGGGCUGUGGGCCAGGGCUGGGCUGCAGAAUGCAGGAGCUGAAGCUCAGCCCAUCAGGGCAGCUGGUGAAGGGUGACAUGCAUCCCUGUCUGGUCACAUUGGAAAUGACAGCCCUUCAGCCCAGCCACUGCCCCAGGGACACCAAGCUCUCUCCCAAGCCAGGCUAGUACUCUAGGGGGUGUGGUUUUGUCAAACGCUGGCCGAGUGGGCAGGAGUUAGUAGGGAGAGACCAGGUCAACAGUCCUUCACCUUCCUGGUGUGCACCCUCCAAGGGCAGGCGGGAGCACUGUCCCUGGGAGCACUAUUCCUGCACACUGGGCCACAGCCUCCAGCCCUGGCUUUCAUUCACUGGUCUGAUGUCUGUGUAGGUGGCUGCCACCUGUGAUCAGUGACCACGGGAAGCAGGAAUGCUGGGAAGUUUGGGGGGCAGGACAGGUCCACUAAGAAGACAUAAUGUCAGUGGGCUGUGGUCCCUGAUACCCCAGACCUACUUUGGUUUGUCAAUGGAAUGACUAACCAGGGUGAGUCUAUGAAGUCACCUGGCAGAGCCACACUGCUUAUCUUCUUGGGAAGAGUCUCCACAUCUCACACGAGGGUCUUGGCACUGUGGCUGUCUCUACUUUGCAAAGCAUCGAAAAUCUUUCCAAGCCUAGGUUGGCUUUGUGGAUUCUACCAAAGGCCUCAUAGCUGGGUACACCUGGGUCGUGCCAGUGGCCACCUAGACAGCAUGCAGGGAGCAGACAGUGCCUUGGGUCCCCUGCAAACCUGGGCUGGUGAGUGACCAGUUAGAGCUGUGAGCCUCUCCUGUGGCAUUAGUGGCUCGUGCGUGUGGGACACUAGUGUUUGUAGGUGGGAGUGUCAUCUCCAGCUCCUGGCUCUUCCCUGCCCCUCAUCUGUGUCACCCCAAGCCUCCAGGUGGAGAACGAGCCAUCUGUGGCCAUGGUCACUGCAGGACUUGGCCCACAACCAGCACUUCUAGAAGAUAGCAGGGCCUUGGAUAACCAGAAAGUCUAUGAGCAACAGAUGCCGUCCUCAAGAUGACUUGACUCUGAGGUGGGAGAUAUGUAUGAGCUAGGCCCACAGCUGCCCUGAGCCCUGUGAUCUAAGGAGCAACAUGCCAGCAGAAGUCUCAUGGAACCCAGAAGUGUGAUGAAGCAACAUGGACCCAAAGUGCCCGGGGGCCUCUCAAAGCCUCAUUCCUUCAUCUGCCUUUGGCGCAGGUUGCCCGAGGUUCUGGUGGCCCAGCAACUGCAGGGAUCCAUAAAUCCAGAGGCCAGGAUUCAGGCUCAGUGGCUGUGAGUGGGGGUCCGACCUGAGGCUAGCUGUGCCAAGCAGAGCAGGUGUGCAUGCUGUCAGAUACAAUGGGGCCCUGGGGCUGGAAGCAGCUCUGAGGGUCAGUGCAGCACCCCAUGGGCAAACAGUGGGCCUAGUUGCUACUUGGGGCUGUGUGCACCCGGUGUCUUGUGUACCCUUGUCUUCAAUAAAGUCUCGUGGUGACCCAGCACCA